AUGGCGUCUACAUCGGGUUUAAGCAUCGCCGAACUAGAGGCAGAGAUCGUCGUUCAAACCGCAAAGUUCAACGAACUGAGGUUAAAGGGAGAGCCCCUGGACGACGCGAAGAAGACACUUUCGGAUCUGAAAAAGUCGCUAGCGCUUGCCAAAGGUGCUGGGAAGGAGAAGAAGGAGAAGGCUGAGAAGGUUGAAGGAGGAGAUCAACAGGUUCAGGAAAAGAAGAAGAAGGAGAGGCUUUUGCUGAAGACUGCCAAGGGUACCCGUGACUAUGGCCCCGCCGAGAUGUUCUGUCGCGAACACAUCGACCGUAUCAUUAAGGAUACAUUCACAACGUACGGUGGUUCUUGUCUUGACACGCCCGUGUUCGAGCGCAAGGACGUGUUGACGGACAAGUAUGGCGAGGACGCAAAGCUCAUUUUCGAUCUCAAGGACCAGGGAGGUGAAGAGUUAGCACUGCGAUACGACCACACCGUUCCUCUCGCCAGAUAUGUCGCCAUGAUUGGAGGUACCGCGCCCCAGAGCAAGAUCUGGCAGGUCGGAAAGGUAUAUCGACGUGACAACCCGGUGAUGAGCAAAGGCAGAAUGCGAGAGUUCAUGCAAGCCGACUUUGAUAUCACAGGGCACUGGGAUCCCAUGAUUCCCGAUGGCGAAAUCUUGAGCAUGCUUUGCACUGUUCUUUCCAAGCUCGACGUUGGUGAAUUCACCAUCAAGCUCAACCACCGUAAAAUUCUCGACGGCAUCUUUGAAGUAUGCGGUGUUCCCGCCGAAAAGAUUAGAAGUAUUUCAUCUGCUGUAGACAAAUUAGACAAGCUUCCAUGGGCCGAGGUGAAGAAGGAGAUGACGGAGGAGAAAGGCCUUGAUCCAGCUGUGGCCGACAAGAUUGGAGAAUACGUCAAGCACAAAGGUGGACCUGAACUCUUGGCACUUCUGGAGGCCGACGAAUUGCUUUCCUCAAACAAAAGUGCUAAACAAGGCCUCAGCGAAAUGUCUAUCCUCUUUGGCCUGCUCAAGGCGUACAAGAUUCUCGACAAAAUCUCUUUCGACAUGUCACUGGCUCGCGGUCUCGACUACUACACAGGAAUCAUCUAUGAGGCAAUCGUAGAAGCCAGCGCACCACCUGGGUUCAAGGAUGCCAACGCACUCGCCGCACCUCCCUCCGACGCUGCCCCACCUACACCUGCACCCGCUCCCAAGAAGAAGUCCAAGUCCGCAGCCACUGCUGCCGACGACGAAGAGAAAGAGAUCGACGAAUCCCAAGUCGGCGUGGGGUCCAUCGCCGCCGGUGGGCGGUAUGACGGGCUUGUGGGUGCGUUCCUUGCCGGCGCCGCUGGAGUGGACCCCAACUCGAAAGAGGGCAAGAAGGCGAUGGGCCCUGGCGGCAGUACACCCUGUGUGGGUGUCAGUAUCGGCGUGGACCGUAUCUUUGCUCUGGUGUGGCCUAAGUGGGUGGAGAAGGGCGGUCGCGCGAAGGGCACGAUGGUGUACGUUAUGAGCGCGGGUGAUGGACUGUUGGCGGAGCGUGUUGAGCUGGUUACGGAGCUUAGAGCUGCUGGUAUCAAGUCUGACUUCCUCGCCAAAUCCAAGCCCAAGAUCGCUGCUCAGUUUGCAGCGGGUGAGAAGGACGAGGUGCCAUUCGCGAUCAUCCUUGGCGCCGACGAACUCAAAGCCGGACUUGUGACCGUCAAAGAACAACGAUGGGAGCUUGUCGAUGGCAAGAAAGUCAAGAUUGAGAGCGCAGACAAAGGCACACAAGUGAAACGCUCUGAGCUCCUCGAAUGGAUCAAGGCGACGUCGACGUGGAAGGAAUGGAACACGGGCAUUUGGUAG